GAAGGGGUUAUUAGGUUUAUAAACUAUAACAAAGAAGGUUGAGCGGUGCGGGCAAAGAUGAGCAGCCGUAGGCGUGGUCCGCCCAAGCACCAGAACCAAUUCGCCUGGAAGCCCAACGCCGGCGUCAAAAUAAACGAAACCGAAGUUGGAGGGAGGUUGAGGCCAUUGUCAGAUAUCACCGGAGUGUGUCCUCGAUGCAAAGAACAGAUCGACUGGAAACGCCGUUACGGCAAAUACAAGCCCUUGAAAGAGCCUGCCAAAUGUCAGCGAUGCUCAAAACGCAAUGUUCGUCAAGCUUAUCAUAAUAUGUGUACAGGUUGUGCAAAGGAGCAAAAGGUUUGCGCAAAAUGUUGUAGUAGUGUUGAUCGCAUAGUUGGAAGGGACUCUGAGGAGUUGGAGGAAGAACAAAAGAUGCUUGAGGAGGCAAUUAAGAAUGCCCGUGAGAGGGAUAGAAGAACUCUGCUUCGUACUAUGAACAACAGGAACUCCAAGAGCUCAUCAAAAAGCUCAAUCAAGCAAGCAAAUAAGGUUCGUGAACUGUUUCCCAAUGCAUCUCUUGAGGAAUAUGCCGCACAAAACAGAGUUCACUCUGCCAAUGAUGGCAAUAUUCGGAGUCCUGAUUGUGUUGAUAACGAUGAUCAUGACAAUGAAGAAGAUGAUGAUGAAGAGAAUGUCAGUGAAGAAGGGCAAGAAGAAGCUGUAACUGACGACGAGGAUGACAAAGAGGAGGAUGAGGAUGUUGAUGAAAAUCAGGAAAGGAGGCGUGUGUGUAAUUGAGUGCCUGUAAUUGAGAGAGGCACUACAGUUUUUACAGCGGCUGGUUUGUACCGCUGAUUUUGUUUAUGUUUGUUUACAGAUUUGGUGACAUCAUGGCUUUUUUGACAGCAUGGUUUGAUGGUGUUUUGAAAUACAUUCAUAUAGUAAUCCAAUGAUUAUGCUGCCUUGAGGUCAAGGCUGUCAAAAG